AUGGCAACAGGAACACGCACCCAUUUUACACACAGGCGCUGUGCAACUUACGGCAACAUCCCCCCCAGUGGCCUUUACCCUGCUAAAGUGGUGUCAUAUCCUUCUAGUUUCAAGAAGACUCCCCCUCCCGUGCCCCCGCGUGCCACCACCAAGCCUCUUAUCUCUGUGACAGCCCAGAGCAGCACCGAGUCCACCCAAGAUGCCUACCAGGAGGGGAGGCAACCGCGAGGCGGUCUGUGGGCCACCGACAGCCUCGGGCGUCCCAUCUACAGCUCCAUGGACAGCCUGGACAGCUCCAAGGCGGUCACCAUGGCCAUGGAGACUGCGGCGCCCAAGAGGCACGCGUCUUUGGGCAGCCACAGCUCCAUCCAGACAUGCGACAAAGCUGUGUUGGUAUCCAAGGCGGAAGAGUACCUCAAAACCCCUCGAUCCUCGAUCGGCAUACAGGUGGAAACUGUGACAGACUCCGAGACCGAAAGCAAGGGCCUUCCUCAGUUUCACUCAAUAGGUAUCCAGGUGGAGGAUCACAAAAGGCGUGGGCGGGUCAAGCGCUCCAACAGCGUCACCACUGCAGUGCAAGCCGACAUGGAGCUGGAGGGCUUCCCCUCCAUGGAAGACAAGGGUCUGCAGUUCGGUGGCGCUUUCGGUCGCCACUCCGAACCCAGCACGCCCACGCAGUACGGCGCCAUCCGCACGGUGCGCACGCAGGGCCUGUUUAGCUACAGAGAGGACUAUCGGGCCUCCAGCGGCCCCCCCAGCCCGCAGCCUGAACCCUGGCUGGCUGAACCCGGCCUGGAGGCCGGCGAGACGGGUCGAGUGUCCCCUCUUCGCAGGGACGGCGGCUGGUUCAUGCAGCUUCUUCAUAAUGAAUCCAAAAGGAUGGAGGGAUGGUGUAAAGAGAUGGAGAGGGAAGCAGAGGAGCACGAUCUGUCGGAGGAGAUUCUCGGGAAAAUCCGGAGCGCAGUGGGAAGCGCUCAGCUGUUAAUGUCCCAAAAGUUCCAGCAGUUUUACUGGCUGUGUCAGCAAAAUCUGAGCUCCGAGAAUCUUGUUUGCCCUCCAGAAAUGGAUCGCGGCAAUCAAUAG